ACCGAGCCCCGCGCGCAUGCGCCACGACCCCGUCCGCCGCCACCACCUCCUCCUCUGCCUCACGUCUUCGCCCUCUUUCCUCUAUCUAUGUAGGCUUAAUAGCCCCUACAAGGGGAGAGCGUUCCGAAGCAGCCACUACCUACGUCCUUGUGACCAGGAGGGGGCGCCCUCCCUGCCUGAGUCCUCUCCUUCCGGAUCAGUUAAGAAGCCCCGCCCCUAGCGCUGUUUGAUUGGCGUGUUCGUACUGUCGCUCAGGGAACCUGCGUGGAGGAGCAGGAAGCAAAACAACAUGGCGGCGCCCUUGCAGGUUGCGCGGAGGUUUUUGCGGUUAUCAGGAAACCCGAUCCGAGAACCAUCUCGUUCUGCGUUCAGGGCACAGCCUGAUGAUAUAAGCAGACCGAACUGGGUUAAAGUUGGCCUGACUUUUGGUGCCUCAGUAGCAAUAUGGGUGCUGCUCCUAAAGCAGCAUAAUGAACAUCAAGCAGAAUAUGAAAGGCGAAAAGCAGAGAGAGGUUCAUAAUGGAGGUGCUAAAAUUAUGGUUGAAGAUGGU